AUGAUAUCGAACUAUGCGGAGCUAUUUCUCAUCUGUGCCAUCAUCCUGAUGCCAAUAUGCUACGAAACGUCGAGCCGCUUUCGGUACUACUUUAAAUUCGUCGUCUACUAUGGGGUCGUCAUCCUGAACUCGUUCCUGCUGAUUCCCGUCUUCCUGUUCCGGCCCUGCAACGUGCGGAACCUUGUACUAGCGAGCAAAUUCUGUCGCGUGGCGUCGCCGAUCAUCAGCAUGAAAUGGGAGGUGCGAGGGGCCGAGUACAUGGGGGAAGACCGAGCGAUGGUGAUGGUGGCAAACCACCAAAGUUCGUUGGACAUUUUGGGGAUGUUCGAUUUCUGGCACCUGAUGGACAAGUGCACGGUGAUCGCGAAGCGGGAGUUGUUCUUUGCCUGGCCCUUCGGUUUGGCCGCCUGGCUGUCUGGGCUGAUCUUCAUCGAUCGUCGGCACGCUCAGCGAGCGCAAACGGCCAUGAACGAGUCCUCCAAAAUGCUUAUCGAAAAGCGCACCAAGCUGUGGGUGUUUCCGGAGGGAACGCGCCGCACGACGAACGAAAUACAUCCGUUCAAAAAGGGUGCCUUUCAUGUGGCGGUCAGGGCGCAACUUCCGAUCCUGCCGGUUGUUUACAGCUCGUACCACACGUUCCUGGACGAUCGCAGUAAGAUCAUGAAUCCGGGACACGUGAUCGUGACCGCGUUGCCACCGAUCGAAACAAAGGGUCUCACGAGCGACGACAUACCGGAGCUGAUCGAACGGACACGUCACGUUAUGAUCGAAACGUUUAAAGCGACGACGAAGGAGGUCGAGAACCGGUUCAAUCUGAGCGGACACGGUAUGGCCCCUGCGAAAGGGUCGACCGUAGCCUCUCGUCUGGCGGCCGCUGUGCCGUCGAUGGUUGCAAAGAAAGCACCGCGUCAGGUGGAAACGGCCGGCACAGGAACACCGGGUGCUUGCUCCCUUCUCGAGGCAGAACCGCGGAAGGUGGAAUCGCUGAUGGGUGGAGACGCAUCACCCAUAAAGGAACCGACCGCAUACCGGCGCAAGGAUGUACAACGGGACUAAUGAGCCGUCGUCGGAUGGAUUUCGUGUUGUACUAGGGGCGCUGAUUACGACAGGCUCUUGCCGGACAGUGAUAAGGGGUCAGAUGUAGGCUUUUAAAACGGUAACAUGGCUUUUUGCAAUUUAAAAAGAGGAGCGUCUGAGGUGUCUGCGACACAAUGGUGAUCAUUUUCUAUUAACUAUGGUCGCUAGAAAAUAGAGAGCGAGAGAGAGAGAGAGCAACUAAGCAAAUCAUUUCGUAAAGUAAUCAUCACUGGAUUUUGGUGCAUUUGAUUCCCGAUACCACGUUUUUGUUCCUCCCGUAUUCUAGUGCAAUUCGGGUUCACAAAACUCUCUUAGAGAGCAUAUAAGAACAGUAUAAAACGAGAUGGAUAAUUAUGUAGCAAAAUGUUGACUUUGUUUUAAACGUGUAGAUGUCUUCAUCGGAUCAGAAGAUAAAAAGCGAUCGAACAAGUAGGCCUUGUCAACUGCAUGAACCUUGUAAGAUAAGGCGGAAACGUGAUUUGAAUGUGCGGUGCGGAGAAAAGGUUAUGAAAAGAUAUAACAAAAGGAUUGCGAUUGCUGACACGAUAGAACUUGAGCCUAACUGAGUGCCAUCGAAGAAGGAAGGCACACAAAACACACUCCAAAGCCCAUUCCCCAUCUCCCAAGUCACCUCUUAUUCAUUUAACCAAAUGUAAAAAGUUCGUGUAAAGGCUAUAAGAACUACACACGGAACCGUUGAAUAGCGCAACACUUCUGUGUGUAUGUGUGUGUUGAUAUUUUUCUGUAUUAAAUUAUUAUAAUAUUCUUCUUACUUGUUUUAACAUUAUUGAUAGGAGAAGCACGAGCGACCAUAGGAAUACGGGGUUUUGCACUUGAUUGUUUAAAUGAGAGCCACGGAUUUUGUGUUAUGUUCAAACUGAUCUCGUGUACCAAUAACGUGAUACAGCGUAAUCAAAAAAAACCCUCAAAAUCGCAAAUGGUAAAAAGAAUCCUUUGCUCCGAAGAUGAUGCUUUUCGAACGUUCACUAGGUGGUACGAGAGCUAGAAAGAUGACGCAGUACCCGAUCAAAGCGCGUUUUUGGGAAAAGGAUCAUCUCCUAGCUCAGCUGUACAGAAAUAUUACGGUGCGACGUACACUCAAAUGUUUUCAUUAUAUUCGAACAGUCCCGAAGUCUCCCGUCCACGAGGCUUACAAAUGUUGACACAGUACACCGUAUUACGGCAUUUCAUUCCAUCGUUUUAUUAUAAUUCGUUAUUUUAUGUUCGUAUGUACUCUAAAUGGCCUGGGAUAAUCGAUAAUAAAUCAGUAUGCGCAAAGAUCUAUCACUGUACGUUUUCAUUUUGCAUGUACGAGUUGAAAAUGUAAGCAAAUGAUUUGCUC